UUAUACGUGCAGUUAAUGGCGAGUUCAUAUAUUUUGUUUGGUUUCCAAAUUUAGGACUAUAAGGGGAAAGGAUAAACGGAUAAACUUGAUUUCCACGUCAAGUUUACUUCAGUUUUGUUGAAAGGAGAAGAGUAAUAAAAUUCACAAUUUUGCCGAGAAAUACAACCUACUGAAGGUCUUUAGUGCGCUGUAGUGGUUUCUUAAGUAUGAAAUGAUGUGCAAACCAAAAGGGCCAGUUGACUAUUGGACAAUCUUACUGAAAAAUUCAAGGAAAAUUCUCAGGUUGUAGUUCUCAUGUUUUAAUACAAUGAGGCUUAUUUACAUAUUGAGGCUGUUAUUCUUAAUACUGGGGGAGAAGGGAUUGGAAGUAAUUGGACCUUGCAAAAUUGUAUUGAUGGGAGAGAUAUAGCUACACCUGGCCAAAGGGCAACCAGCAAUUCGGAAGAAUUGAUACAGGACGAAAGGAUUCAGUUUGCUUUGGUUCUAACUUCAGUUCAGUUCAAUCAUAUCCAACAGCUAUUAGUAUUAUUUUUGUAUUCUUCUUAAAAUAGAAAUCUGAUUUUGGGCAGAAUUGAACCGUGACUGUCUCCAGUCUGGUUCAAAGCCGGUUUUGACCAGUUCUAAACCUGUCCUUGCCUCCUUGGUCUAGUCUAGAUAUAGCUCAUGGUGACAUUUUUGGUGCAAAAAGGAUGAGAAAGCUUACCCAAAGGAGAGCAGUCGAUUACACAAGUACCGUUGUCCGCUAUAUGCAGAUUCGUAUGUGGCAGCGAGAUUCAAGAGACAGAACAGCAUUGCAACCUACUCCAGCAGCAGCAAUUGAUAUGUUACCAACAACUGCCUAUUCUGACAAUCCAUCAACAACUUUUGCUGCAAAGUUUGUCCAUGCAUCUCUAAACAAGAAUCGUUGUUCAAUUAAUCGGGUUUUGUGGACUCCUAAUGGGAGACGUCUAAUCACAGGCUCUCAAAGUGGGGAAUUCACUCUUUGGAAUGGACAGUCCUUUAACUUUGAAAUGAUUCUUCAGGCCCAUGAUCAAGCAAUCAGGUCCAUGGUAUGGAGUCAUAAUGACAACUGGAUGGUCUCUGGUGAUGAUGGCGGUGCAAUUAAGUACUGGCAGAGCAACAUGAAUAAUGUUAAGGCUAAUAAAUCUGCACAUAAAGAAUCAGUUCGCGACUUAAGCUUCUGUAGGACAGAUUUAAAGUUCUGUUCUUGCUCUGAUGAUACUACUGUGAAAGUUUGGGACUUUGCUCGAUGCUAUGAAGAGCGUUCAUUAACUGGCCAUGGUUGGGAUGUGAAGAGUGUUGACUGGCAUCCUACAAAAUCUUUAUUGGUCUCAGGUGGGAAAGAUAACCUUGUAAAACUUUGGGAUGCUAAAACUGGGAGAGAGCUUUGCUCAUUUCAUGGCCACAAAAAUACAGUGCUUUGUGUCAAAUGGAAUCAAAAUGGUAAUUGGGUUCUAACUGCUGGAAAGGAUCAAAUCAUUAAGCUUUAUGAUAUUAGAGCUAUGAAGGAGCUUGAAUCUUUCCGUGGACACCGCAAAGAUGUGACUGCAUUGGCUUGGCAUCCAUUUCAUGAAGAGUAUUUUGUUAGUGGGAGUUUUGAUGGGUCCAUUUUCCAUUGGCUUGUUGGGCAUGAAACAACCCAGAUUGAAGUUACUAGUGCUCAUGAUAAUAGUGUGUGGGAUCUUGCAUGGCAUCCUAUUGGAUAUCUUCUUUGCAGUGGUAGCAAUGAUCACACAACAAAGUUUUGGUGCAGAAAUAGGCCAGGGGACCCUGCUCGUGAUAAAUUUAACAUGGGUCAGAACCAAAGUUAUGGUGAACCAAACCCUGCCCUUGCUGGUCACUUGCCUGGUAAUUUUCCUCUACCUGAACCACCAAUAACUCCAGGACCAUUUGCUCCUGGAUUGACUCGAAAUGAAGGAACCAUUCCGGGUGUUGGAGCUGCAAUGCCAUUAGCAAUUCCAUCUCUUGAUACAUCAGGUCAGGGGGAGCAGAAACAGUCUGUUCCAAUUUCUAUGCCUCUAGGAGCCCCUCCUCUCCCUCCUGGCCCACAUUCAUCUCUUCUUGCUGCCAAUCAGCAGCAGGGAUAUCAAAAUAAUCCUCAGCAGAUGCAGCAACAGCAACACCAAGCUCUCCCUCAGCAAAUGCCUCCUUUGCCUAUGCCUCCACCAAAUAUGCAGCAGCUACAACCACCUUCACAUUUAAACCUGCUCCCUCAUCCCCAUAUACCUCGCCCUCCCCAAGUUCCCCCUCAUGGUAUGCCAUCACCUGUUCCAUCUUCUAUGCCAGGAUCCUUGCCUGUGCCUUCAUCAAUGACUGCAUCACACCCAUUGCAAAUGCCUGGUCCAAUGGGAAUGCAGGGCACAAUGAAUCAGAUGGUCCCUCCAGUGCCACGAGGCCAUUUCAUGGGCAUGAAUCCCAUGCACUCGGGAUCCUUAUCCACAAGUGCAGCCGCUCCAGUAGGGGCCUUUCGUAAUGGCCUGCCAAAUAUGCAAGGCCCAUCAAAUGCAACCGGGAACCAAAUGUAUCCACAAGGUGGAUCAUUUAAGCGACCACAAGGUGGACAGAUGCCAAUGAUGCCAGGGUUUAAUCCCUAUCAGUCUGGUAGUCAACUUGGUAUGCCUCCACCACUACAACCAGGUCCUCCGCCACAUUCCCACACACCUCAGUAGACCAUCGUUUCAUCAUGCAGCGUAGGAGUGGGAGGAAACUACAAAUUGUUCCGACUUGCUUGUGUUCAAGCUAACCUGUGUCCAUUCUUUACUUCACACUGAUUCUUUUUGUCCGUUUUCUGUGGUCACUGUAUAUUUUGGCUGUUAAAUACUCUCUUAUAUUCGAUGAGAUAUGUUGGGUUGAAAUGAAGUGCGAUUCUUCUCUC